AUGUCCAAGGCUAACGAGGAUAUCCUCAGGCGUCCCCUGUACCUCUAUGACCUGCCGCCAGAGGUCCUAGACACGUUGACGCUCAAGUCCGAUGCCGACACCGAAGCCAUUGUCGAAUCGUCGAUCUCGUCUCCCUCCAAUAGCCCCUCCGCAUCCGACAGCAACCUCGUUGGCUCCCAGGCUUGUUCCCUCUGCGGUCUCGCAUUUACCACUGUGAUAGACCAGCGAGGGCAUCUCAAGUCUGACCUGCACCACUACAACCUCAAGCAGAAGCUCCGAGGGCAGAAGCCAGUGUCAGAAGUCGAGUUUGAGAAGCUGAUUGGGGACUUGGAUGAGUCGUUGUCGGGCUCAGAUUCGGACGAGUCGGACGAGGAAGAGGAGGACAAGCAAGAAUCGACGCUUACAACACUCCUAAAGAAGCAAGCGAGGUUAGCAGAUAGACGGGAGGACACAAAUGGAGACGAGGAAGAAGAUGAUACCGCUGGUAGGAAAGGUCGUGGCAAGCCGCCCCUGAUCUGGUUCAGUUCCCCUGUGCUCCCUGAGAAAACAUACUUUGGCAUGUAUCGUGCCAUCCUCACAGGGGAAGAACAACGGAACCAGGACCUGGUCGAGGUCCUCAAGAAGAAGCAAGUCGACCCAAUCUCGAUACCCAAGAUGCCCAAGGACGGUUCGAUACCCGAGAUCGCGUACAAGGGCCCGCACAUCUUCCUCUGCAUGAUCGGAGGCGGCCACUUUGCAGCCAUGGUUGUGUCUCUUGCGCCGCGACCAAACAAGAACGGCACAACCAUGAACCGAGAAGCGACGGUGUUGGCUCACAAGACGUUCCAUCGGUACACGACACGACGAAAGCAGGGUGGCUCGCAGUCAGCCAACGACAAUGCCAAGGGUGCAGCGCACUCAGCCGGUUCAAGUCUGCGACGGUACAACGAGCAGGCCCUGGUGGAAGAUGUACGAAAUCUGCUUCAGGACUGGAAGGCUUUGCUUGACACGUCAGAACUGCUCUUCAUCCGGGCAACGGGUGUGACAAACCGGAGAACUCUUUUCGGUCCAUACGAAGGCCAGGUGUUGAAGCACAACGACACUCGCCUGCGAGGCUUCCCUUUCAGCACGCGACGAGCGACACAGAAUGAGCUUAUGAGAUCGUUUAUCGAGUUGACCCGACUAAAAGUCCGUGAGAUCGAUCCUGCUGAGGUUAAGAAGGAGCCUGAGUCCAGUGCGACUCCGACAAAGACCCAGUCGAAGCCUUCAAAGCCCAAGUUGUCAGAGGAGGAAGAGACAGCCUUGUUACAUACCUCUCAGCUUCAGGCUUUUACACGGAGAAGCAAAGUCCCCGCCCUCCUCUCGUACCUCAAGAACAACAGCCUCUCUCCCGACUUUGAGUUCCAGCCCGUUGAGCAGAACCACCACGCCCCGCGACCACUCCAUCUUGCAGCAGCCCAGAACGCUGCACCUCUCGUGCUAGGACUCCUGGUCCGAGGUGGUGCUGAUCCCACGAUCAAGAACGACGAAGGCAAGACUGCGUUUGAACUCGCUGGCGAACGAGCAACCCGUGAUGCUUUCCGUGUGGCGCGAUCGGAGCUUGGGGAGGCUAAGUGGUCUUGGGACUCGGCCAAGGUACCACCUGCGAUGACGAAAGCUGAAGCCGACAAACGUGACGAGCGAGAGAAGAAGGAAGCGGAUACAAAAGAGACAGAGCGACGACGUGCGGAGGAGGAGAGGCUGCGAAGCGAAGGACCCAAGGUGCCUGAGGGGCGGAAGCAAAAGGGAAACACGCUCUCUGCAGGAUUAACAAAGACGCCUCAAGAGAAGAGAGAGGCAGAGUCUAGAGGAUUGACGCCGGAGAUGAGGGUGAGGUUGGAGAGGGAGAGGAGAGCGAGGGCAGCAGAGGAAAGGAUACGGAGGAUGCAAGGUGGUAGUUAA